AUGGAUUUCCUUGCUGGCUGUGUUGGAGGUGCUGCCGGGGUCUUAGUUGGACACCCAUUUGAUACAGUUAAGGUUAGGCUCCAGGUUCAGAGUGUUGACAAGCCUUUGUAUCGUGGGACGUUUCACUGUUUCCAGUCCAUCAUACGGCAGGAGUCGAUGUUUGGUCUGUACAAAGGCAUUGGAUCCCCCAUGAUGGGCCUGACCUUCAUUAAUGCCAUAGUGUUUGGUGUUCAGGGGAACACCAUGCGCCUGCUGGGCCAGGACACCCCAAUGAACCAGUUCGCUGCUGGCGCAGCAGCCGGCACAAUCCAGUGUGUCAUCUGCUGCCCCAUGGAGCUGGCCAAGACCCGCAUGCAGAUGCAGGGCACGGGGGAGAAGAAGUCCUCAAGGAAGCUGUACAAGAAUUCCCUGGACUGUUUGGCACGCAUCUACAAUCGUGAGGGCCUGUGGGGGGUAAACCGCGGCAUGGUCACCACUUUAAUCCGUGAGACACCCGGCUUCGGGGUCUAUUUCCUGGCCUACGAUGUGCUGACACGCUCCCUGGGCUGCGAGCCCAAUGACCCUUAUAUGAUCCCCAAACUGUUGUUUGCAGGGGGGAUGUCGGGCAUUGCCUCGUGGAUCUCCACCUAUCCCGUGGACGUGAUCAAAUCCCGCCUGCAGGCAGAUGGGGUAGGUGGGGUCAAUCAGUACAGCAGCAUUGCUGACUGUGUGCGUCAGAGUGUCAGGAGAGAAGGUUAUAUGGUUUUCACGCGAGGCCUCACCUCGACACUCCUCAGAGCCUUCCCUGUCAAUGCAGCUACCUUUGCUACUGUCACCCUUGUCCUCAUGUACGCUCGUGGGGUUGAGGAGGGACCAAAAGACUGUGAGCCAGCUCAGCCAGGCCACCACACACAGUUACAGCAGCAGGCCCAGCCCUCCAGCCUGUGA